AGUACGUGACUUCGCUCUACUUACUACUUAUGAUCGCAGGACCUCAUUCAUAUUCAUUCUACCAAAAUGCAGCGUGAAUUCGAAGAUCUGGUUUGUUUUUUGAAAAAGAAAGCUACAUCCACGAUUGCGUCUGCGACUGGUUUCAAAAAGGGGGAGUAGAGCAAUUCGCAAACGACUACUUUCUCGAGGCGAAGAGGGGCGAGAUUGUGGCCCACCUCUGCGAAAGGUCAGGGGUCUCGGAAGUAGCAGUUCGUACAGGUCAGGGGCUUUGGGGGGAGUACGCUAAGAAGUCCGGGUGUAAUCUCGUCGGGGAAACAGACACUUCGGACUUUGUCGAAGCAGGGCGGCUGCAUGAACUAGGCAUCGCAGCCGGGCGCCUCGUUGCGCAAAACAAACUUCGACUACAGGAGCGGAUCUUGUACGCCGACGGCGGGAAGACUAUCCAGCACCUGGCCGGCGAUGACUACCGCUGUGUUCUGUGUGGCGUCAACUUCACCGCCGCGCCGGAUGUGAUGCAAGAUCACAUCCAAACGCAUGAAGAUCUUGGCUUCUGCCGGUGGGUACAGGACCCAUCAACAAGUAGAUGGAGGCCAGCAGAACAGUUCAUCUACCCGGGUUCCGCCGGCGUCAUCCUCCCGAAGGGGAAAAAGAAGUAUAUUCCCCCACCGGCGCGCGCACUAGUAACAACCAAGGCAUUAGAAUGUCGAAAAUGUGGGGAGGAGGUUUGCAAAUGGAAUACCAGGAUGAACCCCCACAAGCGGGGCGGAGCAAUGAGAAGGUUCAACAACCACUACAAAUCCUGCAAGGGGCGGGGCGAACCGACAGUGAGGAAGAAAGGAGGCAAGAGACAGUGAGGAGGAAAAGAAAGCGCGUGUUUGUGUCUGCGAAACAAGUAUUAGAAAUUCAAAACGUUCCGCUUUAGUCUUUGUUUUUGUUUUUGUUUCGCUCUACAACUGAACCAUUUUUGAAAUGCCGUCUUGAUAGCUCAAACACUGCUUUUCAAGUGGGUUGUAGCGAGUUUCCGAGGAUUUUUGGCGAAAGUCCUCUAGGAGUUCGCUCCCACCGACGAAGAAAGCCUUUUUCUUAAACCGUAAGAAACUCAUCUUCUGUUACUUUUCCCACUCGCCUUGUCCCCAUCUAAGAAUGAUUAUUUGCAAAAAGUAAAAAGAUUGAGAGUUAUUUGGUCUCGAAGGGCGGUGCUGUGAAGAGAGCCAGUCCGAGCGACCAACCAUGCUCUCUUUGCAGUAGUUACGUUUUUCAUGUUUUUUGUCUAGACCUGUGUAGUGAGUCAACGCGAGAGAGUUCUACUUGCUGUCCUAGUUCCGCCGAGCUAAAUCGGAAGUUCUGACGUUUUUGUAUGGGCGGCGAGGUUAAAAACGCGUAGUCAGGUCGGCGGGUUUAGGACUCUAUUUUUCGAAGACAGAACUUUUACUCAAAAACAGCCCACCAAACGCCGAAGCUGUUGUCAUUUUUCUGUAUCUUUGUAAGUCCAAACAGCGCGCCUUGUCCCCAUGAUACGGUGGACAUUCCGUGCGAAAUGAGACGAAGACUGUAAGGAAAUUAUCUUCAAAAAUCUGGAACUUUACCAAACCACGCUCCAAGUUUUAAUCCAGUGCAGCGAUUCCCAAGCUAGACUAAACAAAAGAAAACAAGAAAUAACGCAGCGACUAAUAGCAGGAAGGAGGAAGUACGAGUAUUAAUAGCUAUACCUUACCCAAGUAGUUUUACCCAGACAGUUCUCUAUCUUUCUUCUUUAUUUUAGCUCACUUUUUACUUUUAUUGUUUGCUAAACGAAAAUAGCACGCGAAGCCCGCGCGUCCCCAUGCACAUUGAUUGAUUGAUUGAUUCAUUCUACCAAAAUGCAGCUUGAAUUCGAAGAUCUGGU